CGGUGGGGAUGAUCUGUGCCGCGGCGGACGCAGCGGCCCGGCUUCUUGGGGAGGCGGUAUAAGCGGGCGCCGCGCCUCCGCGCUCGCCCUCAGUUCCGCGCUCCGACCAUGCGCCCGGCCUUCGCGGUGGGCCUGGUGUUCGCAGGCUGCUGCAGUAACGUGAUCUUCCUAGAGCUCCUGGCCCGGAAGCAUCCAGGAUGUGGGAACAUUGUGACAUUUGCACAAUUUUUAUUUAUUGCUAUGGAAGGCUUCCUCUUUGAAGCUGAUUUGGGAAGGAAGCGGCCAGCUAUCCCAAUAAGGUACUAUGCUGUGAUGGUGACCAUGUUCUUCACGGUCAGCGUGGUGAACAACUAUGCCUUGAAUCUCAACAUCGCCAUGCCCCUGCAUAUGAUAUUUAGAUCUGGUUCUCUCAUUGCCAACAUGAUCCUAGGAAUUAUCAUUUUGAAGAAAAGAUACAGCAUUUUCAAAUAUACCUCCAUUGCCCUGGUGUCUGUGGGGAUAUUUAUCUGCACUUUCAUGUCCGCAAAGCAGGUGACUUCCCAGUCCAGCUCGAGUGAGAAUGAUGGAUUCCAGGCAUUUUUAAGGUGGCUGCUAGGGAUUGGGGCACUGACGUUUGCACUUCUGAUGUCCGCACGGAUGGGUAUUUUCCAGGAGACCCUAUACAAACAAUUUGGGAAACAUUCUAAGGAGGCUUUGUUUUAUAAUCAUGCCCUUCCGCUUCCUGGCUUCAUUUUCCUGGCUUCCGACAUUUAUGACCAUGCAGUUCUGUUCAAUAAGUCUGAAUUGUAUCAAGUUCCGGUCAUUGGUGUGACAGUGCCCAUCAUGUGGUUCUACCUCCUCAUGAAUGUCAUCACUCAGUACGUGUGCAUCCGGGGCGUCUUCAUUCUCACCACGGAGUGCGCCUCCCUCACCGUCACCCUUGUCGUGACCCUACGCAAGUUCGUCAGCCUCAUCUUUUCCAUCUUGUACUUCCAGAACCCUUUCACUCUGUGGCACUGGCUGGGUACCUCGUUUGUCUUCAUUGGCACCCUAAUGUACACAGAAGUGUGGAACAACCUAGGGACCACAAAAAGCCAGUUUCAGAAGGACAAGAAGAACUGAGGCCUGCCCGGAGCAGACACCAGGGUCGUGAUGUGCUAGGGUCUGGUGAGGGGCUGGCCGCCCUUCCACGUUCGUCAGCGCUGAAGUGUUGAACCAACCAUGUACCAGAGAAUCCUCAGAAGGAGGGACUUCUCGGAUUUCUUAAGGCUGUAGACAGUGUCUGUGGACUCCAAAUGGAAACCCCUCAGCCAUGAAGUAGAAACAAGAACAGUUCGCUGCUCUUGAACAGCCAGCGCGUUUGUUACUUGUUUACCAAAAUAUUUAGUACUGUUACUUGUUUAUUGAGUUCCGAGUCCCCACAGCUAGUAGUUUUAUAUCCGUGUUCGGUGGUGGUCUCUUGUUGCCAUUCUCAUGAUUCUCUGCCGCACAGUCAUUAUCAUCCUGUGGCCUCAUCCCUUUUUUCC